AUGAAGUUAUCCAAUGACCCUAAUUUUCAAAUCGAUGAGGAUUCUUUACAUAUGAACAAUAUAGAUCAGAAUAAAAUCGAAGAAGAUGUCAUACCAGAUUCAAAAGCUGUUAGUGAUUACAAUGUAAAUAACCAGGAAGUUCAAAGAAAGAGUUUAUCAUUAAAAGAGGAUGAAAAAAUGAGGAUAAAUAGUGUAGGGGUAUAUAAAGUGAAGAGAGAAGAAUAUAAAAAUAAUAUGCAUCCCAGAAAUGUGCAGCAAAAGAAUAUAAAUCAAAUGUAUAAGCAGUAUAAAAAUAUUAAUACAAAAGUAUAUGAUGAAAAUAUAGAAUAUCACAGGAAGAAUUAUGAAGAGAAUUUAUAUGGGAGCACAAAAUAUGAUAGGAUUGAAGAAUUAGAAAAUUAUAUAAAUAUUAACAAUGUGACUAGUGUAUGUUCUUUACGAAUAAAAUUAUGGGAAGCACUUUUAUUAUAUGUAAACAAUUUGAAUGUGGAAUUUAUUUAUUUUAUUAUAUCAUGUUUAAAAGAAAUAGAAGUAUAUUGGGGACAGGAAGCUACAGAAAAUUUACAUGAGAUAAUUAAUUUAAUAAAUGAUAAAAAAUAUAAAGAAGUUUCUAAUAAGAUCAGAGAAACAUUAUCAAGUUUAUCUGUAACUACUGGAAAGAUAACAGAUGAAAAUCCUUUUUUUUAUACAUUAAUUGUAUCUUCGAAAAGAGAUGAAAAUCGAAGUAAUAGUACUAAUAAUUAUUCAGAUUUAACAUGUGAAUUAAAUAAGAUAUUACAAUAUGAACAUAAUAGAUUAUCUAAUCAAAUUAAUAAUAAGACUUUGGAAUAUAAAAUAAUUGAAGUUAGUAAUGCGAGAGAAGCUUUAUUGGCUUGUUUAAUAAAUCCACAAAUAUUAUCUGUUGUUAUAGUAGAUAAUUUAAAUAUUGAUGAGGAGCGUGUCGAAGAAAAGGACAUUUAUAAUUAUUAUAAUGAUGAAAAUAAUUCUGUAAGAAAUCACAGUGUAGCAAAUUCGUAUGUGUAUAAUUCUAGUAUUGUAAAUAAUGUCCAUAUGCCCAUAAAUAAGUCCAAUAUGAAUAAUAUUGCGCUUAAUGCAUUAGCACUUAAUAAUAAGGAUAUAUAUAUGAAAGGUAUGAUGGGAACUAGUAGACACCACAAUAAUAAUAACAACAACAAUAACAACAACAAUAACAACAACAAUAACAACAACAACAACAACAACAACAAUAAUAAUAAUAAUAAUAAUAAUAAUAAUAGUGGUGUAAAUGAUUUUAGGAAAAAUAAAUCAUAUAAUUAUAGUAAUAAUUAUAUUAAUAAUAAUAUGAAUUUAAACAAAUAUAAUGAUAGCAAUAAAAAAAAUAUCAUAAAUAAUGUGAAUAAUUUAAAUAACAUGUAUAAUUUAAAUAACAUGUAUAAUAUGUAUAACAUCUGUAAUAUAAAUUACAAUAAUGAUAAUAUAUGUCAUCACCAAUUUAAAGAGUACAAAUUUAAUAUCGCAGAUUUUGUUCUGGGAUAUGUACAGCUAGUUUCUGCUCCCCUAGAGAAAAUGAAAAAAGGGUUUAAUAGUCUAGUUAUACUUAUAAAGAGUAUAGCUUAUAUUCGUAGUUCCGUUGAUAUAUUUUGUGUGUGUACAUCCAUAACAUUGGAUAGCUUACAAUCCGUAAAUAAUAUGAUAAUACGUAUUUUCACUACACAUGAUGACCAUAGUGAUUUACAUGAAUCUAUAUUAGACGGAGUAAAGAAAAAGAUUAAGACUCCAUUUUUUAAUGCUUUAAAAGCAUAUGCAGAAAGGCCUAUCGGUGUGUUUCAUGCAUUAGCCAUUAGUAAAGGUAAUAGUGUAAGGAGAAGUAGGUGGAUACAAUCUUUAUUAGAUUUUUAUGGAGUUAAUUUAUUUAAAGCUGAAUCCAGUGCAACUUGUGGUGGUUUGGAUUCAUUAUUAGAUCCUCAUGGUUCUUUAAAAGAUGCUCAAAUAAUGGCUGCACGUGCAUAUAGUAGUAAGUAUUGUUUUUUUGUAACAAAUGGAACAUCUAGUUCUAAUAAAAUAGUAAUGCAGGCUUUAGUUAAACCUGGUGAUAUUAUUUUAGUGGAUCGAGCUUGUCAUAAAUCUCAUCAUUAUGGGUUCGUUUUAAGUCAAGCUUUUCCAUGUUAUUUAGAUCCUUACCCAGUGUCUAAGUAUGGUAUAUAUGGUGCAGUACCUAUAUAUGUCAUUAAAAAAACGUUAUUAGAAUAUAGGAAGAGUAAUAAAUUACAUUUGGUUCGUUUAAUAAUUUUAACAAAUUGUACAUUUGAUGGUAUCGUAUAUAAUGUAAAAAGAGUUAUGGAAGAAUGUCUAUCCAUUAAGCCAGAUUUAAUAUUUUUGUUUGAUGAAGCUUGGUUUGCUUAUGCAUGCUUCCAUCCAAUACUUAAAUUUCGAACAGCUAUGACGGUCGCAGAAAAAAUGAGAAGUACUGAACAAAAAAGAAUUUAUGAAAAGAUACAUAAAAAGUUGUUAAAAAAAUUUGGUAAUGUGAAAAGUUUAAAUGAUGUACCAGAGGAAGAAUUAUUAAAAACCAGGUUAUACCCAAAUCCUAAUGAAUAUAAGGUUAGGGUAUAUGCAACCCAGUCUAUUCAUAAAUCUUUAACAUCUUUAAGACAAGGAAGUGUAAUAUUGAUAAGUGAUGAUAAUUUUGAAUCACAUGCGUAUACUCCUUUUAAGGAAGCAUAUUAUACACAUAUGUCUACCUCUCCGAAUUAUCAAAUUCUGGCUACCUUGGAUGCAGGUAGAGCACAGAUGGAAUUAGAGGGAUAUGGAUUGGUAGAGAAGCAAACGGAAGCAGCAUUUCUUAUAAGAAAAGAAUUAAGUGAAGAUCCUAUAAUUUCCAAAUAUUUUAGGAUAUUAAAUGCGGAUGAUUUGAUACCUGACAGGUUAAGGCAAUGUACUGUAUCAUACAUGAAGAGAAAACAUGUAAAUAAUAAUAAUAAUAAGAAGAAGAAUAAUGGUGAUGAUGAUGAUAAUGAUGAUGAUAAUAAUAAUGAUGAUAAUAAUAAUAAUGAUGAUGAUAAUAAUAAUGAUGAUGAUAAUAAUAAUGAUGAUGAUAAUAAUAAUGAUGAUGAUAAUAAUAAUAAUAAUGAUAUUAAUCAUGACAAUAAUCAUAAUAAUCAUAAUAAUGUGGGAAACCAAAAAAAAUAUAAUAAUUCCUUAAAUUCUAGAUGUAGUGCUGACGAAGAUGCCACAGGUUCCUAUAUUUUUAAUAAUAAUAUAAAAGAGAUAGAAGAUAAUACAGAAAGCGCACAUAAGAUUCCCAUCGAAUAUGUUGAUGGUAAAUUAUUUAACGUUAUUAAAUAUCCUCAUGAAUAUAUGAGUGAAGAUAAUAGUCCAAAUAAUAUCCAUACAAAUUUACAGAAGAGCAAUAUGAAAUUGUUAAAUGAUAAUAAUAUUGAGGUGGGUAGGAUCUUGGAAAGUUCGAAUUGUUUUAAAUACAGUCAUAAUGUGAAUAUGUGUAAUGUGUUAAUAAAUAAUUCAUCGUAUAGAAAUAAUAGUGAUAAUAAGAAGGAUGGGUCUGAGAAAAGAUAUGUGUAUGAUGAAUAUAAUGAGAGUGUUAAGGAGUAUUCCCCAAAUGAUGAUACAAAUUAUGAUGCGACAUAUAAAGGAUAUGUUAAUGGACAUGUCAAUGUAAAUAUGAAUAAUCUUAUGAAUGGGGAUAAUAAAUGUGAUUGGUAUGAUACGAACGAUUGUGAUGAUAAUAAGAAUAUAUAUUGUGAUAAGGCAAAUAAUAUUUAUUAUUAUGGUAAUAAUUAUAAAAGUAAGGAGGAAAAGAGGAAGAAAGCGAAUUAUGGUUCUGUAAAUUCGAUAUGUUGUGAUAGUACAUAUUGUAUGGAUACCAGCGAUGAUAAUCUUAGUUCUAAUGAAUGUUCCUCUUAUAUAGAUAAUAAUAAUAAUAAUAAUAAUAAUAAUAAUAAUAUUAAUAAUAAUAGUAAUAAUAAUAAUUCAUGUUCAGGUGAUAUGAAAAACUUCCUUGAAUAUUUUGAAAGAUCAUGGUUAAGCGAGGAUGAAUUUGUUUUAGACCCCACAAGAAUUACAUUAUUUACUGGUUAUUCUGGUAUAGAUGGAGAUACAUUUAAAGUAAAAUGGUUAAUGGAUAAAUAUGGGAUUCAGAUAAAUAAAACAUCUAUUAAUAGUGUUUUAUUUCAAACUAAUAUUGGUACUACAGGUUCGUCUUGUUUAUUUUUGAAGAGUUGUUUAUCCUUAAUAUCACAAGAAUUAGAUCAGAAGAAAAGUUUGUUUAAUGAAAGAGAUUUAAAUCAGUUUAACGAGAGUGUAUAUAAUUUAGUUUAUAAUUAUAUUGAUUUAUCUGUAUUUAGUGCUUUUCAUCCUUUAUUUAAGAAAAGGUAUGAAGAUAAGAAUAUAUUUAAUAAUGAAGGUGAUUUAAGAAAAGCUUUUUAUUUAGCAUAUGAAGAAGAUUAUGUGGAAUAUAUUUUAUUAAAUAAUUUAAAAGAUAGGAUAAGACAUAAAGAAAUGAUAGUAGCAGCUAGUUUUAUUAUACCAUACCCUCCUGGAUUUCCUGUAUUAGUACCUGGACAAAUAAUAAGUGAAGAAAUUGUAAAUUAUUUAUCUGGUUUAAGUGUUAAAGAAAUUCAUGGGUAUGAUGAAAAUAUUGGAUUUAGAUGUUUUUAUAAUUUUAUAUUAGAUUAUUAUGAAACGAUUAAUAUAAAUGAUCCAUAUAGUAUGUACCAACCUAUGGAUAAAAGGUUGUAUGAACAACUAAAAGAAAAAUAUUUACAUAGUAAAAAGGAUUUACAUGACCAUAGAUUAAGUAAUUUGUAUAUGUAUGAUAAAGAAACUAUGAAAAUGAAAAAGGUUUAUAUACAUAAUAAUGGAUCUUAUUCUGUUGAUCCUUAUGGUUAUAUAAGUGAUUUAAAUGAAGAAGAGGGAGUAAUUAUUAAUGCACAACAUGUUAAUAAUAAAAAGGAUAUAUUUUUUCAUAAUAAAAGGGAAAAUAAAAUACACAACAAUAAUAAUAAUAAUAAUAAAAAAAAGACACAUGUUAACAACAAAUCAGAUGUUAUGAUAAUUAUUCCAUCGGAGGAUCAUUUAAAUCCACAUAUUAUACACAAAAUGAGUGAUAACAAUAGGAAAAUUAUAAAUACUAAAAAUUAUAAUAAUAUUAUUAAUUAUACAUCAAAUAUUUUAAAUAAUAAACAAGACCAUGCUUUUUAUAAUAGCGGAAGUCCUAGAACAUCUGUAUGUUCCAAUCAUAAAAAUAUCAACACAAAUGGCAUGUUUAAUAAUUUAAUGCAUAAAAAUGAUGAAAGGGGAAAUAAUAAAUCAAUGUCAAAACAUGAAAAAAACAACCAUUCUUUAUAUUUAACAAAUGGUGUAAAUACAAAGUCUCAUAAAAAAAUGUACAUUGAAUCGUAUAACCCAAAAGGCGAUAGAGAAUUAGAUUUUCAAAAUAAAAGUACUAUGUAUAAUAAUAUGGACGAUGUUGCAUAUCAUGGAAAGCAUUAUCAUAGUGUUAAAAAGGAUAUAAUAAAUAAUGAUACGAGUUUAAAAGAAAACAGAUAUAACAAGAAUAUCAUGUCAUGCAAAACAAAUAAUAAUACUGGAACUAAUAGUAAGAAUGAAAGAAAGAAGAAAAAAAGUUUCGGAAUUCAUAUGUCACUGUCACCAAAUAAUAAUCAUUUGAAAGGACAUGAUACAAGUAGAUAUUCCGAUUCUACAUCUAUUUGUGAGGAUAAUAUAAAUGAUGACAACAUCGAUGAUACAGGUCAUAAAAAAAUGGAUGCUAUUGAUGGGCAUAAUAUUCGGAAUAAAAAAUCUGAUAUUAAGGAAAUACUUUAUAAUAAUAAUGAUAAUGAUAUAUAUGGUAAUGCAUGUGAUGUUAUUGCAUGUAAAGAAAAUAUGUAUAUAAAUGAAAAGGAUUCAUAUUCUGAUGUUGUGCUUAUUAAAAGAAAUAAUAAAAUAAAUAAAAAUGAUGGAAAUUAUUAUUAUCAUAAUAAUUUUAGUAAUAAUAGUAAGCAUUCAAAUGUUGUACCUAUAUUAAAUAAAGGAAACGUUUUGUUAAAUAAUACAAAUGUAAAAAAAAAUGAUUAUUGCGUCAUUCAAAAGGAUAAUAAAAUAAUGUCGCGAAAUAAUAUGAGUACUAAAUAUGCUUCCUCAAAUGAAUAUAAUAAGAAGAAGGAAGAAGGUGCCUAUUACUCUGAUUCGAGCAAAAAUAUUCACGAUAAUUUAUUUUUAAAAAGAAAAGAGAAUGAAAAUAUUGAACAUAUAACAAAGGACGUUAUGAAAAAACCUUUGAUAGGAUAUAAUAAAGAGGAAAUCAAAAAAAUAAACGAAUUUUUAAAAAUAAAUAGGAGGAUAGCUGAUGAACACAUGGGGGACAUACAAAUAAAACUUGAUGAAGAAAUUUUAGAAAGAAAGGAAGAAGAUAUGUAUGAUAAUAAAAAUGAUAUGUUUAAUGUAAAUAUUAAAAGUAAUAUUGAGGAUGUAGCAGAUAAUUCUCCACAAAUGAAUAUUGAUAAAAAGGAUAUAAUAGUACUAGCUAGUAAUAACAAUUAUUGUGAUAUAAAUAAUAAUAAUAAUAAUAAUAAUAAUUGUAAUUAUGUUAAAAAAUGUGAAACAAAUAAAUGUGAUAUUUAUAUUACAAAGGAUAACUUGGAAGAAAUACAAAAAACAAAUAUGAAUAUAAAAAAAGAUGUUGAGCAUGAUAUAGGAGAGUAUAAUUUUGAUAGUGUUAUAAAUCAAAGUGUAAAUAAUAAUAUAAAUAUUUUAAUAGAUAAAUAUAAUUGUAAUAAUAUAAAAAAAUUAAAUAACUCUAAUAUAUGUGAAAAUAAUAAUUUAUUAAGUAAUGAUAAUAAUUAUAUUGUAAAUCACAAAGUAUAUAGUUCUAUAGAAAAUACGAACACUUUAAAUUGUAAUAAUAUAAAGACAGAUAAUAAUAGUAAUAAUAAUAAUAAUAAUAUGCCUUAUAAAGAAAAUAAAGUAAGAGGUUUAAUUAUAUGCGAAAAUGAUAUAAAUAAAAAUACAGGUAGACAAUUAAAUACAUUAAAUAAUAAUAGCUACAUUAAUAAUCUUAUAACCAAUGUAGAUGAUGAUACAUUUGUACAUCGAGAAGGGAACUUUUUUCUUCAGUGUGAAUUUACAAAUUCAGAUAUUAAUUGUAAUAUGUAUGAAAUGGAAACUUCAUUAAAUAAUAUUUGUACUAACCUGGGGGGAGUUAUAAUAAAAAAUAAUAUGGAAUAUGAUGACUGUGAAACCAAACACAAGUGA